AUGGCGUCCGGUGAUCGGAAGAUCCCAGAACGAACGAGUCAGCCGUUGUCUCCUCCGACGCCGAUUGUGCAGCCAACUACUUCGACGAAGCGUCUCUUGAUCACUUCUCUUCUCGCAGGAGUUAUUGGAGGAGGAGCUGGCUUAGUGUCUAAACAUCGGAAAGCUCAUCCCAAUAUUCCCACUAUUUACGCUACUAAUUGUGCUAUUGUCGCCGGUUGCUAUUGCGGAGCUCGUGAAUUUGUGAGAAUAACUCGAAGAUCAGAACACGGUGAUUUGAUGAACUCAGCUAUUGGAGGAUUUUUCAGUGGUGCUUUGCUUGGACGACUUCAAGGAGGUCCUCAUGGUGCAUUUCGCUACUCUAUAAUAUUUGCUGCGGUGGGCACAGCGUGCGAUUAUGCUGCCCUUAGAGCAAAACUAAUGUUAGAGAGGUCCCGUAACAUGGAUUCUCUCAAGUUACCUGAAUGGUCUCCUAUUCAAAUCCUCGAUGAAGAAGCCUUAGCAAAGAAGAGAGCUCAAGAGCAGAAAAUAUUCGCAGAAAGAUCCCUUGGCAGAUUGAAAAAUGAAGAGUCUUCUUGA